AUGGAGGAGGUGGAGGAGGCCAACAGGAUGGCCGUGGAGAGCUGCCACAGAGUGCUCGGCCUGCUCGCCCAGACCCAGGACCCGGCGCAGCUCAGGAGCAUAGCGCUGGGGACGGACGAAGCCUGUGCCAAGUUCAGGAAGGUGGUCUCCCUCCUCGGCAACGGCAACGGCAACGGCAACGAAGGAGGGGGAACCCACCAUCCUAGAGCCAAGCUGGUGAGCAGAAGGCAGACCCCGGGGUUCUUGAGCCAGAAGAGCUUCCUGGACAACAACACCCCGGUGGUGGUGCUGAACAGCGCGCACCCUUCGACCAGCUCGGCUCAGGUGUAUCCUAGCAGCAGAAACAGCAUUCUGGAUUCAUCACAGGCCGCGCACCCGAUCGGAGGGCCUCCCAAGCUGGUGCAGCCGUUGUCCGCGCACUUCCAGUUCGGCGACUCAUCGCGGUACAACCAGUUCCAGCAGCAGCAUCAGCACCAGCAGCAGAAGAUGCGGGCCGAGAUGUUCAAGAGAAGCAACAGUGGGAUCAACCUCAAGUUUGACAGCCCCAGUGGCACCGGGACGAUGUCGUCCGCGAGGUCCUUCAUGUCAUCUUUGAGCAUGGACGGCAGUGUGGCCAGCCUGGAUGCCAAGUCUUCCUCCUUCCAUCUGAUCGGUGGGCCUGCUAUGAGCGACCCGGUGAACGCGCAGCAGGCGCCGAGGAGGCGGUGCUCGGGACGUGGGGAGGAUGGAAAUGGCAAGUGUGCUGCAACUGGCAGGUGCCAUUGUUCUAAGAGAAGGAAGUUGCGGGUGAAGAGGACGAUUAAAGUUCCCGCAAUUAGUAAUAAAAUUGCUGAUAUACCUCCAGACGAAUACUCCUGGAGGAAGUAUGGGCAGAAGCCAAUUAAGGGUUCCCCUCAUCCCAGGGGGUACUACAAAUGCAGCAGUGUGAGGGGUUGCCCUGCGCGGAAGCAUGUUGAGCGUUGCGUGGAUGAUCCAUCGAUGCUCAUUGUGACAUACGAGGGAAAUGCCAACUCGCCGGCACUUGUUGGACAGACUGCGUUCUUCUCCUAA